AUGCAUCUACCGACCUUUCCAAAGGUUUACAAUGUGUAUUUCGUCGCCGUCAUUGCGACGGUUGGAGGCAUGUUGUUUGGUUUCGAUAUUUCGUCUAUGUCUGCUAUCAUCGGUACGAAUCAAUACAUCGACUUUUUCGACAACCCUCAUGGCGUUCGUCAGGGAGCCAUCAACUCUGCCCUGGCAGCUGGCUCAGUGGUUGGCUCCAUUAUGGCUGGCCCAAUUUCUGACAAAAUAGGCCGCAGAGAUUCAAUCAUGUUUGCUUGUAUCUGGUGGCUCGUGGGAACUGCAAUCCAAGCGGGGGUGUCAGGAUUCGGUACACUCAUGGCCGGCCGUGUGAUAAACGGAGUUUGCGUUGGAAUUACUUCAUCCCAGGUGCCAGUUUAUCUUGCUGAAAUCAGUAAGAAGGAAAAGCGUGGCUCAAUUAUCGUUAUCCAGCAACUUGCCAUCGAAUGGGGUAUCUUCAUUAUGUUCUUUGUCGGAUAUGGCUGUUCGUUCAUCAAGGGUCCGGCCUCCUUUCGCCUGGCAUGGGGGUUGCAAUUUGUACCGUGCGUCUUCUUGAUGAUGGGUCUCCCUUUUCUUCCCAGAUCGCCUCGUUGGUUGGCAAAGGUGGACCGCGCCGAAGAAGCCAUCACAACGCUGGCUAGGAUCCAGGCAAAUGGCAAUGUCGAUGAUCCCCUUGUGGUCGCUGAAUGGGAGGAAAUCACAACUGUGUUAGCCGCAGAGCGUGCGGCAGCCCCAGGCUGGCGCAAGUUUUUCUACAAUGGCAUGUGGCGUCGUACCAUGGCAGGAUUCACUGUUCAAGCCUGGCAACAGUUAAGUGGUGCAAAUGUCAUGACCUAUUAUGUGGUCUAUGUCUUCCAGAUGGCUAGUCUCUCUGGCAAUAUUCUCCUAGUAUCAUCGGGAAUCCAGUACGCCUUAUUCAUCGUCUUCACGUCCAUUAUCUUCUUCUAUAUCGACAAGACUAGCCGACGUAAUCUUUUGAUAUACGGAGCACUGGGUAUGGCAGUAUGCCACUUCGUUGUGGGCGGUGUUCUAUCAUCAGGCGAAUACGUCCCUGGUGGUGUAGACGGAAACCUCAACGUCUUGACCCGGGUGCGAGGCUCAAAGGCACACACCGUGAUUGCAUUUUCAUAUCUCCUGAUAAUUGUGUACGCUUUGAGCCUGGCGCCCGUCGCGUGGGUGUAUGCAGCCGAGGUGUGGUCGUUGGAAACCCGAGCUGCAGGCAUGUCAGUGUCUGCCACUGGAAACUGGCUGUUUAACUUUGCAUUGGGACUUUUCGUCCCUCCCGGCUUCGCUAAUAUAAGAUGGAAGCUGUUUAUCGUCUUUGGCGUUCUUUGCGUGGGAGCCGCUGCACAAGUUUUUCUCACAUACCCCGAAACCUGCGGAAAGACUCUGGAAGAAGUCGAAGAGAUGUUCAGCGACGGCGGCCCGAAGCCAUGGAACACAAAGCCCGGAAAUUCCAAGCUGGAUGGCCUGAUCGAGGAAGCUCGGGAGAAGAAGCUGCACGUGAAGGAUGUCGGGUUGGUUGCCGAGGAUACCACCGUAAAGGGGGACGAAGCCGUGGUUUCAAGUAAGACGGAAGUUUAG